AUGGUCACUAAGUCAAAGUUCGGCAAAAGUUCCAAGCGGGUCCCCGUUCGCCUGCGGCACAAAAUUGAAAAGGCCGCUGUUGCCAAACAAAAGAAGAACAGAAAGCUUGCGAAGCAGAACCCCGAAUGGCGGUCUAAGAUGAAGAAGGACCCCGGCAUUCCUAGCCUUUUCCCCUUCAAGGACAAGCUUCUCCAUGAGAUCGAGGAGAAGAAGCGUUUGAGGGCGGAGGAGCAACAGCGCAUUCGCGAGGAGGCUCGGGCCCGCAAGAUCGUGGCCAAGAAAGCCCAGGGUGUCGAUGUCGAUCAGGCGGAGAUCGAGGUAGACCUGGACGGCGAUGACAUGCUGGAUGAUACCAUGGACGCAGAUGGAGAUGAAUCAAACCCAAUGGCAGCCCUGCUUGCCUCUGCACGUGCGCGCGCUACCGAAUACGACGAAGAUGAUGACGAGAUGGAGGAGGACGACGAGGAUGAGAUGGAUGAAGAUGAGGAGGAGGGUGGAAUCACUUUCGACUCUACGCCCGACCUCGUUGACGCACAGAACCCCUCCAAGGAGACCUCACGGCGCCAAUUCGACAAGGUCUUCAAGUCUGUGACUGAGGCCGCCGACGUGGUGCUGUACGUGCUCGACGCCCGUGACCCCGAAGGCACCCGCUCGAAGGAGGUGGAACGUGAGAUCAUGGCCGCAGACGCUGGAAACAAGCGUCUCAUUCUUAUCCUCAACAAGAUCGAUCUUGUCCCUCCCCCCGUUCUCAAGGCUUGGCUCCUCCACCUGCGCCGAUCCUUCCCUACUCUGCCGCUGAAGGCCUCCAACGGCAGUGGCAACGCCCACACCUUCGACCACAAGCAAUUGACCGUCAAGGGUACUUCUGAGACCCUCUUCCGCGCCCUCAAGGCCUACGCCCACAGCAAGCAGUUGAAGCGCUCCAUUUCCGUUGGUGUCAUCGGAUACCCCAACGUCGGCAAGUCAUCCGUGAUCAACGCCCUGACAGCCCGCCUGAACAAGGGCUCCAGCAAUGCCUGCCCGACCGGCGCCGAGGCCGGUGUCACCACCAACAUGCGCUCCGUUAAGCUGGACAACAAGCUGAAGCUGAUCGACUCCCCCCGGAAUCGUCUUCCCCAGUUCAAGCGGCAAGACCAGCAAGAACAAAUCGAGGACCCCAUCCCCGCAGUUAACCUCCUUAUCAAGCGUCUAUCAUCCUCCGAGAACAUGAUCGCCAAGAUGCUCGAAGUCUACGGCAUCACCUCCCUCUUCCCCACCAACGGUGACAAGACCACCGAUUUCCUGAUCCAGGUUGCUCGCAAGCGCGGACGUCUUGGAAAGGGCGGUAUCCCCAACAUCGAGAGCGCCGCUAUGACUGUCGUCAACGACUGGAGAGAUGGUCGGAUCCAGGGCUGGGCCAACGCCCCUGCUCUGUCCGUCGUUGCUCCUGCCGAUGCCGCUGAGACCGCUCCGGGCGAGGGAGUCGUUACGGCCCAGGUUGUUACAGAGUGGGCUAAGGAAUUCCAGAUCGAGGGUCUUUGGGGCAAUGGCGAGGGUGACGAUGAUGCGAUGGCUGAGUAA